AUGAUAGAAAGGUUUCUAGAACUUCGAAAUGCCGUAAGUGAUAUAUUACUUCGACACAAAACUGCCCCACCAAUAUUGACAGGUAUGGAAUUAUCCACAUCCUCAAAACUACUUAACAUAUUACGGCCUUUUGAGGCAGCUACAAAAGAAAUAUCCGGUGAUACAUAUUGCAAUAGCAGCAAAGUUAUUCCGCUAGUUCACUGUAUGGUAUCGAAACUAAAAGCUCUUGAAAUUGAAGAACCCUUGUUAAAUGAAGUACAUAAAAUGGCUCUUAUUGAAAUCAACAAGCGAAUGGGUGCUAUCGAACAUGUAUCACUUCUGGCUAUUGCCACAUUAUUGGAUCCACGCCGGCCUUCGGCCGGUCACAAGGGUUUUAUCCUCUGGGGUACAUUGGACACCGGCUUCGCUAAGAAUACACUCUCCCUGUAUCAAGAGUGUUCAGCCUUAGGCCGACUAUUUAGGAAAUCUUUACUAAGCGAAGCCGAUGUUGGUCAUAUUAUAGACAGGUAUAAGAUGAAUGAAUACUUACUCUCGAGCUAUUUAUCUAAUGAAAUUGUUGGCUCUAUAUCAAAGCGUUCUGGCAAAGCUAAAAACUAUUCAUACGCAGAUGUCAGCGAUGACAACUUUGUGCCUACGAAUCACAAACUAAUUGAAGAUGAAGGAUCUUCUCAGUAUUCGACGUGGUUAAAAAGAAUGAAUACAUUUGAAGACAUUCAAAGACAGUUAUUUAAUAAAAAAUCUCAACAUGCUGACAAAAGAAAAGCUAAUCGUCGUCAGUCAAUAAAUAUAAAUUUGGAGCCAUCGUAUGUCGACGCAGAUGCGGAUGAAGGUUUAGAAUAUUUGGAAGACGGUGAUGUUACCGGAUAUGCUUUCACAAAUAAUUUAGCUGAAUAUAAUGCUCCAAUUAACUUGUACAAAAAUCAUCAAAAGUCACUAGUGGAAGGAAAAGCUGGUAACGUGGAAAAGCAGACCAUAAAUAAAGCUGGUUAUGAUAACGGAUAUGAUGACUAUAACACACCGGCACAUCCAGUACCUAAUCUGGUUUCUGCAGCACCAUCGAAACAAACAAAAGAAAUUGGAUUAAAAGACAUCACGGAUAUUGCUUUAACUACGUUAGCAUUUCUAUCAUUUGGAAUGUUUAUUCUUCAAGUUCUAAUGUGCAUAACAAUGAGCAAAGAUGAUACAAGUAAUAUGGUGAUGCUUCCAAUGGAAGGAACUGAUAACGGUGAUAUACCAGGUGAUGAUAACACGGAAGAAAUAAGAAGAAAACGUCGUUCAAUCACAUAUACACAGAUGCAGAAUAUUGAAGUGAUAGACCACUUAUCUAAAAUAGCAUUGGUCUCACUUAAUGGUGUAACAUCCAUGUCUGAGGAUGGUGGAACAUGUCAUCAUUUUUCAUUAUGUGAAAAUAACAAAUUUGCGAAGCAUUUACAAGAUACAAGGAAACUUUGGAUUCCAGUAUGGAGGUAA